AUGGCCAAGGCGACGCCCUCACCCCUUUUCUUCCCCACGACGACGAACGAUGCCUGUGACGCUCACCACGCCGUUGUCGAUCUACUCGAUCCCUGUCGUGUGGCUAACGACGUUUUACCCAAUGACGAUGAAGGCCUCAUCAAUAAGACGAUGGGAUACAAUGGCAUGCAGCCUCGGUCCAACACUCAAAAGAUGAUGAGUGACAACGGCGUAUCCCCAGAGGUUGCUAAACGUGCUGCGAGGAUGGAGGGCGCUCACUUGAAUGGGAACGAAAUCUUACCGCUGUGGAUUGGUGCUGUGGUUCUAAGUAAUCACGCACGGCUCCCGGAAAAAAUGAUCAACAUCGCAGCGAUGACAUUCAUCGCCCUUAGAGUUGCAUACAAUCAUGUGUAUAUCAAUGGAACGACGCCUACCCUGGCAAAAAUGAGGACUGCCCUCUGGUUCAGCUCCGUAGCUGUACCGAUGACCCUAAUGAUCCAAGCCGCAAACAAAGUUCGGAAGCUCGGGGCGCUGCCUCUGUUCUGA